AUGGAUAUUUUGGUGAAGGGCAACGGCCUUUCAAAAUCUUGCGAAGUGGUCUGUGAUUCUGCAACUUCGAUUGGUGAGGUGAAGAAGCUUUUCGAACAUGAACUUGAUAUUCCUUCAAUGGAGCUCAGGCUCUUUUUUGGAGACAAAGAACUCCGUGACCUGCAAAAAAUCGGUGACAUCGUGGGCUGCGAGUUGGUGGAUCUCUGCUUUCUGCGAAGGGAUCCUGAACAGGCAAAAUGGUUGGAGGCGGUGUCCGAGGACCCCGAUGGUCGCUUUCUCCGUGAGGCCCCCGCACACAUUGCGGCGGACCGGGAGGUGAUCCUGGCGGCGGUGCAGCGCAAUGGACGAGCCUUGGAGUUCGCGGCGGAGACGUUGCGGGCGGACAAAGAGAUCGUCUUGUCGGCUUUGGAAGAAGAUGCGCAGUCCUUCCGCUUCGCAUCCUCGGAGCUUCACGCCGAUCGAGACGUGAUGCUGGCAGCGGUGCGUCGCAAUGGGCUUGCGUUGCAGUUUGCAGUGGAAGAACUUCGAGACAACCAAGAGAUGGUCCUGGCCGCCGUGGCUCAGAACGGCCAGGCGCUGCGCUUCGCCAGCCAAAGAUGGCAAGCGGAAAAGGACGUGGUGCAGGUGGCAGUAGAGAAUGACCCUGGAGCCUUGCACCAUGCGGUCCCCGAGCUGCGUGAUGAUGUGGAGCUACAAAACUUGGCCUCACGCGGCGGCAGCUGA